AGGAGGAGUCCAGGGCUCAGGCGCUGCCGCAGCCACCUCUCGGGGUCCUCGCGGCGGCGGGCCGGGGAAGAUGGCGGCGCCCUGGUGGCGAGCCGUGCUAUGCAGGAGUCGGGGAUGGCGAAGCUUCAGCACCUCGGCUGCCCGGUGCCGCCGGACGCCCCCGCUGGGGCCGAUGCCCAACCAGGACAUCGACGUGAGCAACCUGGAGCGGCUAGAGAAAUACCGGAGCUUCGACCGCUACCGGCGCCGAGCGGAGGAGGAGGCGCGGGCCCCGCACUGGUGGCGAACCUACCAGGAACAUUUUGGGGAGAAGACAGACCCUAAAGACAAAAUUGACAUCGGGCUGCCUCCACCCAAGAUCUGCCGAGCGCAGAGGCUGCUGGAACGCAAACGAAUCCGCCAGGAGCUUCGAGCCAGCGUGGAGGAGGAACGCGCAGCCCGCCUCCGCACAGCCAGUGUUUCUCUUGAGGCUGUGCGUGAGGAAUGGGAAAGGACCUGUGGCCCCUACCACAAGCAGCGACUGGCUGAGUAUUGCGGCUUGUACAGAGACCUGUUCCAUGGUGCCACUUUCGUGCCCUGGGUUCCCCUGCGCGUGGCCUAUGCUGUGAAUGAGGUGGACCUGAUGCCUGUGUACUAUGGCAAUGAAGUGACUCCCACCGAGGCUUCCCAGGCCCCAGAGGUGACCUAUGAGGCAGACAAGGACUCCAUGUGGACACUGCUUCUCGCCAACCUGGAUGGACACCUGCGGGACCCAGAUGCCGAGUACCUCCACUGGCUGGUAACCAACAUCCCAGGUAAUAGCGUGGCUGAAGGACAGGAGACGUGUCCCUACCUGCCCCCCUUCCCUGCCCAAGGCUCCGGUUUCCACCGCUUCGCCUUCCUGCUCUUCAAGCAGGACAAGCCCAUCGACUUCUCCAAGGAUACUCGCCCCUCACCCUGCUACCAGCUGGCCCAGAGGACCUUCCACACCUUUGAUUUCUACAAGAAACACCAGGAAGCCAUGACUCCUGCUGGCCUGGCCUUCUUCCAGUGCCGCUGGGAUGACUCUGUCACCUAUACCUUCCACCAGCUUCUGGACAUGCGGGAGCCCGUGUUUGAGUUUGUCCGGCCGCCCGCUUACCACCCAAAGCAGAAGCGCUUCCCCCACCGGCAGCCCCUGCGCUACCUGGACCGGUACAGGGACAGUCAUGAGCCUGCCUAUGGCAUCUACUGAGGCACCGUGGUAUUGCCCCUCCAGAGGGCCUCUCUCUGAGGUCUGUGCCUUGCCUGAGGUAGCCCGACCCACCGUGAGCCCCUCCUGUCAGGCCCAGGUCUUGGAAUGAAGGACACUGCCGUGGGGGCAGGUAGAGAGGUGUGAAUAAAGAUUUCUGCUAUCUCUGGACUGAGUCUGCAUCCCAGGAAUAGCAGAAAGCACCAGAAGGGGGCUGCCUCCCAGUCCUCUGCCACCCUCCCCGUCCCCCCAGGCAGUCGGGCCCUGCCCUGUGAUCCAGUGGCUGAAGAGGAUGAGGCCUGCUGGUCUCCUAAGCUCCUUCAAGAGAUUGCUCAGAGCCGCUGCACAGCUCUGUGCUGAGCGCUUGCAUGGCGUGGCGUGCGCCAGGCCUUGCCCUUGAUGCACAACAACAAAGAAUAAAAAAUAAAAGACA